CGUCACUAUGCAUGUCGAAGGAGGCACAGUCAACAUGAGCUCUUUUUAGCAGGGACGACAGCACAAAGUGACCUGUUGCUCUGGCAUACAACUCUUUCUUGUUACCGCAUUCACUACAACCAGGGGAUAUUCCUAGCGACUUCGAUCUCAGUUUUUUACAUCAUGGCAGCACCUGCAGCUCUUCCGCCUUUCGAACCGCCUCUCGGUCCACAGCCGCUUGUCGGGACUCUGUACAGCCCGCAGCAAGUCACUUUGGUUCUGCGGGAAAAAGUCUUCUCGUUGUCUGGCGACACUUUCACCGUGCAAACAGCCGAGGGCGUGAAUGUGUUGCAAGUGAAAGGCAAAGUUGCAUCGCUCCACUCAAAAAAAACCUUCACGGACAUGUCAGGUGCAGAGAUCUUCGUGCUGGCAGAAAAGAAACUCAAGCUGUUCAAGACGUUCCACGCCGAAUCACCUGCUGGCCACAACUUCGACGUCGAGGGCCACUUCUCCAUUGGUAGCUCCAAGAGCACUGUGAAGUUUGUCAAUGCAGCCGACAAGGCCCCUAUUGAGCUUCAAGUCAAAGGGGAUUGGUUUGGUGAGUAUCGUUGGGCGGAGCCACCUUCUGUCCUCAGGGCUACGUUCUGACAACUGCUUUCAGACCGCAAAGCAAGCAUUACGCUCGGAGAUCGUGUCGUCGCGCAGAUCUCGAGAAGUUUCGCGAAUGCUAGGGAGAUUUUCGGAAACAAGCAGACUUACUUCGUGACGGUCGCGCCGGGCGUGGAUUUGAGCCUGAUUGCUGCUCUCUGUGUAGCGAUUGAUGAACGAGAGAAUGAAAAAUGAUCGUUGCUAAUCCAGUACAGUGUUACGAGUACGGCAAAAAUUACGGCCCUUGCCAUUGUUCUUUCAAUAUACCUCAUCGGUUCUUCUAAACGGCGACGAGUUGGGUGCCAUGAUUGGGAGGCUGGAAGUGUCGGUCCUCGAGCAUGCGAUGGCUAUUGUACGGCAUACUAUGGUUCAGCUGCCAGUUGUAACGUAUCCGAGAAACAAUAUGAUUCAUGCAGGAUCGCUGGAAGUCCUUCGAAUUCUUCUUAGUCGAUGAUUAGCCGGUGCCUCGAAGCGAUAAGACAUUGUCAUAAUUUGGAUCCAUCGGUUCGGAGAAGUACGAUAUCGCCGAAUGCCAUUGCAACUGUUCA